GGACCGUGCGGUGGAGAUCAACGGCCCAAGCUGCCGUGAGGUGUCCUGUGAAGUUUCACAACCAUCUUCUUCUGCGAACAUGCCUCGGUUUCCCACCCCAAAUUAACAAUCAUAUGCUGUGUCCCUCCCGCCUCUGUGCUUCUUCAGCCUUGCGGCCGAAACUGACAGCUGAUCCCUGGACUCUUUGUCCGGUUUGGGACAUGCAACGACAACAACGGAGGUGUCAUCCGGUUUGGCCGAUGUUGAAGAGAAUCUCCUCACAGAAUCCCAGGCCCGUUUUUUUGAAGCUUGGGGCAUCAGUUGAUCGUGGAGCUUAGUUAUUCCAUGUCCUGAUCCAAUCCAGCAUAUGUCAGUUCUCGAUCGUCAUACAUCUUGACCAUUCUCGUCAAGAACCUCGCAUUCUCGGCCGUCAAUGCAUUCUGCCGUGCAUCUAUCUCUCCGGCAUCUCUCCGUGCUUACUUUUUCUACUGUACCUCGAGUUCGAAGCUACCUAUGCAGGACCCCGGGCUCGCCGCACACACACACACAACGCAACUUCACAUGUCUUUUGUCUUGGUUAUCCAAAGCAAUCUCGCAGAUCCAGUGUUUGACACAGAUUGAAGCCAGAAUAAGACCGGAAGUAUUCAGACGGCCCGCGGGAUACACAGCAUUUUUCUAUACAAAGAAAGCCAGUCUGGGUUUGCAGUGCGACUUGUUCAUGGGGAGUAUCGGCCCUUUACAGCUUCUGAUGGCCACAAAAUUUGGUGCCAUGAUACCAAAGAGCACUUGGCAACCGUUUCGGCUUCUCGCUCACCGUUACCACGCCAAGAUUUACUAGUGAUGGACGGCCGUUGAGCGGGCGCCCGGAGGUGUUCGAUGUUGCAGUUUACUUUUUUGAAUAUCCAUAGAGCGGCAGUCGGAGCUGAAAAGCCCUAUCAUGUGAAGAGAUGCAUGAUAAUUUAGGCAUGGAAGCCGCAGAGAAUAUUCCAUAGAUUAACGAGGCGGGAUGUUUGGUUGGGACAGAGAGGAACUUGUGCUCUUGAUGGAGGGGAGCAAGAGUGGGGGAUUAUCGGGGUAUGCUUGGUCCAUCCCAUCACCCUAUCCACCUCCACUCAGGAGUUCACACACACUUCUUCAUACACUCACCAGUUUCGCUUCUGCAUCUUGUUAUCACCUACACUAGUUUGCGUCACACGGCACCACCUCGACCCUGACCUUGAACGGUGGGACGGCUUGACGCCACAGAGCUGCAGACCAACUCGAAAGCGUCCAUCUUCAUGUCAUAAAACUGCAGCGGUGUUCCUGGUCCGCUCGUGUCACGCUGUCACGUCCCCACCGAGUUUAGUUGGAGGUCCAUAGUACGGUACUAGGUGAACUGACUGACAGGUAGCGCGGGCCACACAACGGCAGCAGCGGCAACGCCGGCAUCAGGACUCGUCCCGAGGGAUAUACCAUUAUACCUGACGUGUCGAAGGAGGGGGGGGUUACUUUUUUAGAACGCCCGUGGUGACGAUGGACGGGACGGCUUGUUCCCGUCCCCCAGAGCUGGACUGACAGAGAAGUGUACCUGACCUUGUGAGACUGAGAGCUGGAGCGCGCGGGGGGGCAUCUUGAGGGGACAUUCACCCUCCAUCAUCCUGUCAAGGCGCAACAGCUGCACAUGGAGCACGCAUACAGGCUGCAUCAGCUAACCUGUAGGUCCCGCAACUUCACCGUUCUGGCCCAUGUUCUAGUGUUAGGGGACUGUAGGAAAGUGGCGCCAAUCUCUUGGCCCGUUGAGGCUGCCCCACCUCACGAUGCUUGCCCAGCUCUCCAGCUUGCGGUGGCCGCCCCGUGCUGCGAUGCGACUCUCCCCUCGCCAAGCAACAAGUGAGAAUUGCGAGCGCCCGAUCUGUCCUCGCACCAGAAUCUCUUCGAGCACCAUCGGCCCGUGAUGCCAUCAUACAGCGCCACACCUCUCGAUCUGCUCUCCUUUCUCCCUCCAUAGCAUACCGCCCACGCCUCUGUCUCUCUCCUUCAAGUGAGAGAGUGAGUGAGAGCACUCGGCCGAAGCCACGCUCCCCCCCCCCCUCUCCACCCCCCGGCUUGUUCCGCCUGACACACCACGUCCGCCACCUAGUUACCACUAUACCACAACAAAGAGAGACGGCCUAGAUAUCUACACACUACAUAUAAACGAAUAUCACCUACCCAUACAACGCUGCUCGUCGAUAUCAGCCUCAACGGCUAUUCGAAACCUCUCCGCGUCCUGUUGUGUCCUGCAGAUAGCUGCACCAAUUCGGAUCAUACUCUGACUUCGCCGGGAUCAAUACAAGGCGACCUUCUCCCAAGUUUGUGUGAGUAUCUGGGCACCGCGGCGGAGAUUUAUUACCCGUCUCCCGCCCCCCAUUGCCCUCUUGUCUUGGUCAGAUCAAGGGACUAUAAACUCAUGAUAUAUUCGCCAGACAGCCUCGAGUUUAUCAUGUGAACGCGCUGAGUUUUCACUAGCACAGAUCCGUCACACCGCUUUCCCUGUAAAGCUCUUCACUCGCCGUUUUUCUUUCUGCAUACUCUACACAAUUACCCCCUUUUUUUUGACUUACACCAACUAUCAUGGACGUCGACACCCUGGAGGCACAAGCCCCAAAGUCUGCUCCUUCGCCCGAGCCUCCUUCCGGCAAUGAUCCCUCUGAGCCGCCCAAUGGCAAGGGAAACCAGCCGCCGAAAAAGACAACAGUCAGAAAGAGAACCAAGACUGGCUGCCUCACUUGCCGCAGACGGCGAAUCAAAUGCGACGAGGGCAAGCCCACCUGCGGGAACUGCAUCAAGUCCAAGAGACAAUGUGAGGGAUACAACCAGCGCAUUGUCUUCAAGGAGUCUAUGGGGCCGUUUCCUUCUGGCCACCUUUGGGGACAUCCUGUGUACCAUCAGCAGGCCCAGGAGGCCCUUCUGAACGCUCAGCUCUCGGAAGCACAAACCAAGGCUGCCUCGUCACAAGGACCGCUUGCCGCUAUUGCUCCCAAGCCGCUAUCCGUUGAUUUUUCUGGUACCGGGACGCACCCUUACUCUCAGGGCUUUGCUGGACCUUCCAACCAUUCUAUCGCUGGGCCACCCCUCUUUAGCCCGCAUCACAUCGACCCACAACAACAUCACUUGCCUAGCCCGCCGCUCUUGACUCCCAAUACUGGUCAGUAUCCCGAUCAGUAUCCUUCACCUGGGGACCGGUUGCCCUUCUCGGACUAUUAUGGAGUUCAGACUCAACAGCCGGUUAGCGCUAUUGGACAUGUCUCCCCCCUUCAUGGUCACCAUGGUCAAUAUUCUCAUCCUCAACCCCAUCCCCAUGACCAGGGCUAUGGCCAUGGCCAUGGCCAAGAGAUCCGGCAGAGUGUUGAGGCACAACAGUUGGCUUCGCCAGAUACGGCAGCGGCACUCAGCGGCACUGUGUCUGUGGAAGAAGGAUAUUGGCAGUCUGACGAUGAAGCUUCCAUGAUGGCAUCAGACGAUGAACAAGGGCCGAUAGACCCGCACAGCAGCCAUCUCGAAUCCAACGAUCUCGGUAUCCUCGUGGCUCGGCGUCUCGACACCGACGGUGAUGCCUACGGCGUUCACAUCCGGUCCUUUGCCGGUCACAAUGCCACCAACGUCCUUGACACGUACAUCCCGUCGUCAGCCAACUCACCCCUCAACGACUCCCAAACCGCCGCCAUCUUCUGGUACUUUGUCAACGUCACAGGCCAAAGCAUGUCUCUCUACGAGCGCCACCCCUUUGACCCCACCCCCAUGUUCCAAGGACAGCCCGUCGCCAAGGAGCGGCAACACAUCUGGACCUGUUAGUUUUACCACGACUUUUUUCGCCCAUCUCUGCCUGCCAACCGGACACCCCUUGCUAAUAUCUCCAUCACCAGAUACUUUCCCCAUCAUGGCGUUCAACCACCCGGCCCUCAUGCAGGCGAUGCUCGCGCUGGGUAGUCUGCAAAUGGCCAAGCUCCAGGGCCACCCCCCAACAGCAGCGAUGAAGCACUACCACUUGAGUCUCCGACGUAUCGCCAAGAACUACCAAAGCCCUACUCGACGGAUCCAACCAGCCACUCUGGCAGCUACUUUGCUGCUUGGCUUCUACGAGGUGUGGAACUCGGAUCACGAUAAAUGGUGUAAACACAUGUGGGGCGCUCGCGCGAUCCUGAAGGAGCUUCCCCUACGGCAAAUGACGCGUGAUAUUCUCACUCUUAAGCGGAGACAGCGAGAGCAAGCGAGGCGCAAUCACCAGUGUGAUGAGCUUUGUUUCGACUCGCGUCAUCAUGAGCAAAAGGAUGACUGGCCGGAGCCGGACACGGAGUUUAUUGAGAGUCUGACGGGGUUGAAGGUUGAUUAUGGCGGGGGGGAGGGGUAUGUUGUUGUUGGGGGGGAGGAGAGGGUGAGGAGGUUGACGGAGAGGGAUGUUGAAAAGUAUGAGCAGAUUAGGGAUUUGUAUUGGUGGUAUUGCAAGAUGGAUAUUUAUCAGAGUUUUCUGGGGGGGACGAGGCCUUUCAUGAAUUAUGAGGCGUGGACGCAGUGUAUUCCUAGGGGGCCGUUUGGGAAGAUUGAUUCGAUUUAUGGGACUUUUGACCAUUUGAUGUUGUUAUUGGGACGGUUGGCGAGUUUUGCGUCGAAGGAUUUGACGAGGAAGAGGAAGGCGAGGAAGUAUGGGCCGCCGCCCGGGGCUCCGGGUGGUCCUGGCGGUCCUCCUGGUAGUGGUCCCCCGGGUGGUCCUCCUGGCGGUUUUGAGGGUGGUCCCCCAGAAAGAUUUCCCGGCGGUGGUCCUCCUGGUGCCGGCCCCCCUGGAGGCUUCCCGGGUGGCCCGCCCGGAACCUUCCCCGGCGGCCCCCCGGGACCCGGCCAGGGAAGAGGUGCAUCUCCACCCCCCUUCACCGGCCUAAUGCCCUCCUCGGGCACCUUCGACAUCCCCAAAGGUUUCUCUCCACCCCGGGAGUCCACCCCUCCCCCGGACUCUUCUUCCUCCUCGGAAGAACCAGAAGACUUCUCCACCUCGACCGCCAAAGCCCUCCAAGAAUGGGAAUCCAUCCGCGCCGCCUUUGAGCUCUUCCGCUCCAAGCUCGGCCCCGACUUUGAGCCCAUGGGUCCUGACUUUGCGCCCCCGGACAUGACCCCCUUUGGCCCAGCUUUGAUCUACAGGACUUACAGCAUCGCGGGGAUAUGGAUGAAUUACUACAUGGGCCUGAUUAUUUUGCACAGAAGCCACCCGUCGAUGCCCCCGAUUGCGAUAUAUGCCGCCGGCAUGGCGGCGCAGCAGACGGGGAGGUGGGCUAAUGAGAUUGCGAGGAUCGCGGCGGGGUUGCAUGAGGAUACCACGCAUGUUAGUGCUGUGAGCACGCUGGUGGGUGCGGCGUUUAUAGAGAGCUGUUUUUGCUUGUUUGUGGCGGGGGUGCAGUUCCAAUCCCUCCCCCAACGCCACUUCACCAUCCGCCGCCUCCGCGACAUAGCCCGGCUAACAGGCUGGCAAUCCGCCCGCCAAAUCGCCGACGGCUGCGAGUCCGGCUGGAACAAAGCCGCCUCCCUCGGCCGCGGCCCACCCUACCACUCACCCCCCGAGCUCGGCCCCCUAUUCCCAGACAACAUCUGGAACCGUCCCCGGCGCAUCGACCGCCGGAUCCGCGAGAUUGAAGCCUCGGAAGAAGCCCCAGACGGGAAACUCGUCCUGGCAAAAACAGAACAAGCUCACUACGCGCUUGGGCUGCUGAGCGUGGAGCGGGAUUUGGAUGAACUGGUAAUUGUUGAGGAGGAGGAUGAGAAGAGGAGGAGGGGGGGGAACUAG